CAAACACACCCCCCCCUCAGCUCUCGCGCCGCAAUCGUCCAUGGCGGCGGAGCCGCCGUCUUCCGUAGCGCCGGCGACAGCCGCACACACGAAGCGCACCCCGAAGCGGAAGCCCAAGGCAAAAUCAGCCGGCCCCUCCGCCCUAAACCCUAACUGGGCCCAGCUCCAGUCCAAGCUCCCUGCCUCCACGUUCCUCGGCAAGCGCAAGCGACGCCCCGCCCCGUCUCCGCCCCCUCAGCCGUCCCCUGACCCGGACGCGGCCGAGGUGAGUGUCAAGCUCGAGCCGACCUCUGACGACACCAGCUUGACCAAGGCGUUGGCGCUGGAUUGCGAGAUGGUCGGGGUUGGGGCCGGUGGCAGCAAAAGCGCCCUCGCCAGGGUCACCUUGGUUAACUCCUUUGGCAACGUUGUAUACGAUGAAUAUGUCCGGCCGAUGGAGCGAAUAGUUGACUACCGUACCCAUAUUAGUGGGAUUAGACCUAAGCACAUGAAUAAAGCCAAAGAUUUCUCGGUUGUUCAGAAGGAUGUAGCUGAGCUUAUCACAGGAAGGGUUCUUGUUGGGCAUGCCUUACACCAUGAUCUUAAGGUCCUGCUACUUGGCCACCCAAAGAAAGACAUAAGAGACACCUCAGAAUAUGAGGUUUUCCGACGGGAGGGCAAGCGGAGAUCUCUGAAAGAUUUAGCUGCUCAAGAACUUUCUGUUAAGAUACAACAGCAAGAGCACUGUCCGAUUGAGGAUGCCCGGGCAGCAAUGUUCAUUUACAAGAAGCACAAGAAAGGAUGGGAGAAAAACAGGAAAGAUCAAUUCAGGUUCAAAAACAAGCUCAAGAAACGAGGCAAUAAGAAAUCCGCUGAAGGCAAUGAGAAGGACCCCAAUGUCCCCACAGUUCUUCUAUAGAAUAUAUGGAUGCAGGGAUCUAGGGCUAAGCAGUGUCGUGCUUAACAUGCAUUUUGACAAUGCAGAAGGGCGGCAUGGUAUGUGAGGAUUUCGGACGGAACUCUGCCAAGAACUCAAGAAUGCUAACACAGGAGCCACGGCAUCUGAACUUCCAUAUUACUUGAUGGCGAUCCCGUGGUUCUGUCUGUGUAUCCCGAUUUGUUUCAGGGAAUGGAAUACUGAAUGAAAAUUGUUUAAUGAAACUUUGCACGUGUGGGCAAGUUCUGUAACAGAACAUUUACAUGAUCAAUUGUAAAAUGUUACAGGCGAUAAUAUAGGGUUACUGAAAAUUGCAUUUUGA